AAACAUUCGCGUGCUCGCGCUGUCGAGAUUCGGCGCCUGAACGCACUGACAUAGAAAGUCGUGGCUGUAGAGUUUUAAUUCAAGACUUUUGGAAGCUAAAAUACAAUAAGAGAUGUUUUACCACAUCUCUCUGGAGCAUGAAAUUCUCCUCCAUCCAAGAUAUUUUGGACCCAACCUUUUGAACACAGUCAAACAGAAACUGUUCACUGAGGUUGAAGGAACAUGUACUGGAAAGUAUGGCUUUGUUAUUGCAGUAACCACAAUCGAUAAUAUUGGAGCAGGGGUUAUACAGCCGGGCAGAGGUUUUGUGUUGUAUCCCGUCAAAUACAAAGCCAUCGUCUUCCGUCCCUUCAAAGGAGAAGUUGUGGAUGCUGUUGUCACUCAGGUUAACAAAGUUGGACUCUUUACAGAAAUUGGCCCCAUGUCUUGUUUCAUUUCUCGACAUUCUAUUCCCUCUGAGAUGGAGUUUGAUCCAAACUCAAAUCCUCCAUGCUACAAGACAGUGGAUGAGGACGUUGUGAUUCAACAAGAUGAUGAAAUUCGACUGAAGAUUGUGGGAACUCGUGUGGACAAGAAUGAUAUUUUUGCCAUUGGAUCUUUAAUGGAUGACUACCUGGGUCUUGUGAGCUGAUUCCUCUGCCGUGAAUAUGGGAAAUUUGAGAGUUGUUGCUGUGGUGGUGAUGAUACUUAGUUUGUGUAUAUACUGUAAUUAUUUCCCUAUUCAUUUAGAUUAGUUUUUCUUUUUUUCCAUUUUCUGUUUUUAUUGUCUCCUUUUAUUAAAAUGUUGGUAGUACAGUUUCAAGUUCAAAUUUGAAACCAGAUGAAGUCGAAUGGGAACAAAGAGUAGCUCAGCAGUGGCUCUACAUCACGUGUCGAACUCUGUUUCUGGAGGGCCGCAGCUCUGCACAGUGUGGUUCCAAUUCUGAUUAAACACACCUGAUCCAACUAAUUGAGUCCUUCAGGUAAAUGUGUUGAAGCAGGGUUGGAACUAAACUGCAGUGCUGCGGUCCUCCAGUAACUGAAUUUGACACCCCUGCUCUACAUGAUGGAAAAUCCAGGGGUGUCCAAACUUAGUCCUGGAGGACAGGUGUCACUGCAACUUCCUCCAACUAACUGGCCUGGAUGUCUAAUAUACCUAGAGCAUACUUGGCUGGUUCAUAUGCAUUUAAAUGGGGUAUGAACCAAAAUAUGGAGUACACUGUACCUCCAGGACCGAGUUUGGACACUCCUGACUUAUUCUACAGCGAGGCAACAGAGAACAUGGUAUAAUAAAUAUGCCUGUUGAAAAAUGUUGAGCAGAUUGACAUGUAUGUUUUGUAAGGACUGUAAUUAUUCAUUACAUUGUUUUUAGAGUUUUACAGUCUCCUUAUAUAAAGAGAAUUUUUAUAUUUUUUUUUUGUAAAUUCCUGUCUGUACCUAUGUACUGCUCAUUUGUAAUACAGUACUCACAAAAUUUUGA